AUGGAAGAUAAUAAAGUCAAAAACGAUCUUAGAGUUGCACAGCUCAAUAUGAACAGAUGUCGUGCUGCACAUGAUUUAAUGACUAAGGAAAUUUCUGAAGGACUUAUUGACGUUAUCCUAGGACAGGAACCAAAUAGGAAAAUAGAAUUUAAGGAUUACUGCGAUAUUGACUGUGAUAGCUUUAUUAACUUAAACAAGAAAAUACCUGUGAUAACACAUGUCGUAGGAAAGGGCUUCGUUGGCGUGGAGCUGGAAGACUUCUACUUAAUUUCUUGCUAUUUCUCACCAAACGGAGAAAUAGAUGAUUUCAGUGUUUUACUAAGGGAGAUGGAAGCAAUUAUAAAAAAGGAAGGGAAAGAAGUGAUCAUAGCGGGCGACCUCAACGCAAAAAACUUAGCCAUUGGUUCCGAUAACUACAAUACUCGAGGGAAAAUUUUUGAGGACUGGAUAGCACAAAAUCAAAUGGUGGUACUAAACACAGGAGACAGCCCGACGUUCGUUGGGGCGGCAGGGUGUUCUCGAAUAGACUUCACCAUAGCAACAUCGAGGAUAAGUAAAAGGGUGGUCAAAUGGAGGGUAGACGAAGAAACGGAAAAUCUAAGUGACCAUAGAAAUAUUAGAUUUAAUAUCCAAAACGUGCCGUAUGGAAAACUAACUUCUGGGAGUCAAGAGUCCGGGUGGAAAAUUAUACCAGAGAAAAUGAAGAAUUUUACUGGUGAUAUAAAAAACAAAUUACAAGGUCAGUGUUAUGAUCCAGAAGCCCUAAUUGAAGUCAUAAUAUCAGUUAUAAACAAACAUUUCCGCAAAGUUAAUACAUCAAUAAGACGGCGCACACCGGUAUACUGGUGGAACUCUGAAAUAUCAGAAAAAAGAAAAGAAU